AUGGACCCCUCUCCAGUGCGAACCACUCAACCUCUUGAUGAAGAAGAUGAGUGGGACACUGAUGGAUUUGUGAUUCCGAGCUUGGUUAUUGAAGACCAAGAUAAAAGUAAUCAUGAUGCUCCAACAAUAGAAGCCUCAAAACCUCCAUCUCCAAAGGCCAAAGGAGAAGAGAAGAUCUACUUAGGACCGCACGGGGCUCCCCCUUCGCAAUCAAAGCAGCAGCAAGAGGUAAACGCUUCCAGCCGUAAGCAGAAGUUCAAGCAGAAACUGAAGGAAGCAGAUAGGAGAAGUACUGGGACAGGUCGAGAGAACAAGGUGGAGAAUCUGCGAGAGCUUGUGGGCGGUGGGAAAGGAAGCAGCAGCAUGGCAAAGGAUUCUAACAGGGAUUGGCUAGACCCUCACUGCCAUGAGUCGCAAUUUGAGAAGUGGAACACCCAGUGA